CAAAUAUAAAUAUUCUUUAUAUAAUAUAUAUUUAAAUAUAAUUUAAUAUGCAUUCAAAUAAUAAAAUCAGAACAUAUUACAAUAAUAAAUAAAAAUUAAUCGCUAAAUUGUGAUUAAAUAUUCGGUUCUUUUCGGCAAUGAUCGACUGACGCAAGCGAUAGUGCUGACAUCUUUUGAAUCAUAUUAAUGUUUAACAUUAUACUUAAUAGUCUGCAAAUUGCAGGUUGCAGUGUUCCAUUUUAUUGUGUGUGAGAAGUGUUUAAACACGUUAAAUAAUUAUACAUAUAGCACAAUUUUUUUAUAUCUUAUUUUUUAUAUCUUGUCAUAAUAUUGUGAUUUGAAAUUCAUAUUAAUUAAAAUGUCGCGUAUAACUAUUUUAUUAUUGCUUGCUUAUUUCAACGCGGGAUUAUCUUAUGGAAUGGAAUGUUCAUUUGGAAACAAGAACAUCAUAUCGAAAGUGAUCGAUUCAUGUCCAGGAAUAUUAGAUUCGAACGAUAAAUCUUAUUGUUGCUAUGAUUUUGAAAAGAAUGAAAUGUAUUGUUGUGAUGCAGUGGAAUUUGCAUCGAAAUCAUCAUGGAUUCUUCUCACAGUGAUUUGUGCGGUUGGAGUCGUGUUUUCUGUGAUAAUAUUUUGCAUAUCGUGUUUGUGCUGCAGUUGUUGUCCAUGGUAUCGCAGACGUCAUCAAGGAACGGUCUAUGGAACAAUAUCUGUUCCAGAAGUACAAAUACCUAGUAUGAUGCAUGUAGUUCAAACACCUGCAAAUGUGACAGUAUUGACUCCAUAUGCAAAUCUUCCAUAUCCUACAAAUUCAGCAGGAAUACAACAAGCAUCAACAUAUUCAGGAAAUAUUUAUGAAAAGCAAGCACCUUAUAAUCCAAAUUACAUUUCUACGAUUCAACAGUAACAAUUCAAUUAUUAAAAAAAAUCUAUAGAAAAACGUAUAUUUUUUAAGAUGGUGCCUGUAAUCUAGUUUUUCAUUUAUGAGAUAAAUCAUUAUGAAUUCUCAAUAUUUUUUUUAAUAAUGAAAGUAAUACUCGGAAAAUUAUUAUAUUUAAAUUAAUAAAAUAUCUAAAAUAAUACAAAAUUUAACAUAAAUUUCUAAUAUAUAAAUUCUUUUGGACGAUUUUACAAGAUGUGUUCAAAUACAAAAUUUUUUAAAUUAUAAAUAUUUUAUUCUUAUUCGUACGUUUAUUAUUAAAAUUAAAUUAUUGCCAUAUCAAUUCUACGUGAAAAUUCUUUUUAUAUUUAAAAAUAAAUAUAUUUAAGAUCAAUUUAUAAAUUAAGAAAUUAAUUAUAAACUUUAUAUAUUAAAUAUGAACAAAGUAUUAUUGAAGCUCAAAUAAAUUUAAAAAAUAUAAUUCCCUUUAUACUACAAAA